AUGGCGGCUAAUUUUCGUAGUGUUCACGACGAGUCCCUUAAAGCCCACCCCUCGCCGAUCAACUACUACUCGCGCUACAUCCUCUCCUUCUUUCUUGGCUCUGUCUUCGCUGUCUUCGCUGUCUUCUCCACCACACAACUCUCUCCGCUAAGCGUCACCUUCGCCAAUUCACCCCUCCUCCUCCCCGCCUAUACACACCUUGGUGCUUCUGCUAGCACUGGUAGCAAUAGUUCCGCCGACCGCGCCUCGCUCCAUCACGUGUGCUGGUGGUCCGGCGACCACGGCGGCUACACCGCCGACUCCCCCAAUGCGCCGUGGCUGGUGGAGCGCGGGGAGGGGGAGGCGGAGCGGCGAGUGCCGGGGGGCGUGGUUGUUGUCGGGGAGGACUGCGCGCGGUGCGCGGCGGGGCGGCUGUGCAGUUUCACGAUAGCGGUGCAUCGUCCCGCGCACUGGGACGUGCCGCGGUACUCGGCGUUCAAAGGCGAGCUGCUCGUGUCGCUGCACGGGCCCGCCACGCUGCAGGCGCGCGUCGCGCGCGUCGAUAACGACCCGCGGCGCAUGCUCGUGACGUACCGCGCGUGGGACGCGGGGGAGUACACUGUGGUGGUGCGGGACUCAUGCGGCACGCUCAACUACUCCUCGCAGCACUACCAUCACACGCACAACAUCGCCAACUGGACGCUCCUCAUCGCCCCCACCCCCCCUGCCGCCUUCUACUCCCUCCCGCCCCCUGAUGCUGCCCCAGCAGUGGGCGUGGGUGGGGGGGAGGUGAGUGGGGGUGCGGCGCAGGGCGCGGGAGCGGGGGGCAGCGAGGGGCAGAGCAUGGGGGGAGUGGAGAGCGAGGCGGAGUGGUGGGCGUCGCCGUGCGGGCAGGGGGACAUGGGCCGGUGGCUGCUCAACGACAGUGACUACAGGUGGGUGCCGUACCCAUGCGCGGCCCCCAUUCCGCCCGCCUCGGAGUGGGUGUCAACCCUGGUGGCGCGGGGGUUCCGCGAGGUGAGCUUUGUGGGUGACAGCCACCAGCGCUUCCUCUUCCUGCACCUGCUCUUCCUGCUCUCGCACCACGUCAACACGUCCUUCAUCAAGAGCCACGUGGAUAUCAGCUACCUGGUGGGCGGCACAGGCCACGUGCGCAUGCUGCACGGCGGCCCCGAGGAGGCGGUGAGCGAGGAGGAGCGUGCGAGCAUGCCGCUGAAGCUCAACUUCUACUGGGUGGAUGGCAUCUACGAGAACGGCCACUAUGGCUGCACCAACCGCGGGCGCUUCUCAGAGCGCGAGCACAGCUUCCCAGCCAUCUCCACCACGGCGGACGUCACCAUCUUCAACGGCGGCUUCUGGACCGCCGCCUUCUGUGAGCACGCGGAGCGCGCCCUCGGCGUGUACCUGCCGCCCUACCUCGAGUGGGCCUUCUUCCAGCUCGAGCGCACGCAGAACCAGAGGGCCAAGUGGCGCGCACAGAGAAAGAAGGAAAGGGAGGGCAACGGGGGGAAGGGCGGCGCGGAGGAGGAGGCGGAUAGUGGGGGACCGUUUCUGGUGUACCGCAGCAUUCCCCCGCUGCGCACGCAGUACCAGUGCAAGCAGGGCACGAACGCCCAAAUAGCACACAUGAACGAGGUGGUGCAGGGGCAGCUGGAGCGGUACGGGUUCCAGUGGCUCAACAUGUGGCCUGUGGAGCUGCCGCGGUUCUCAGACACGUGCAAUGGGAAUGACCCCCACUUCACGUGCUUCACACCCGCUGAGAACCCCCAUGGCGAUGGGGUGCUCACAGGGCCUGUUGGGGAGGCUGCAGUCUCUCCAAAGGAGAGUCAAGAGGGGAUUCGAAGGGGGAGUCGAGUGGGGAGUAGAGGGGGGAGACCACGAGGUAACUUAGGGGGGACCCAAGGGAAGUCGUUAGCGAAGAAGGGCGCACCUGAGAAGGGCGCAGCUGAGAAGGGCGCAGCUGAGAAGGGCGCACCUGAGAAGGGCGCACCUGAGAAGGGCGCAGCUGAGAAGGGCGCAGCUGAGAAGGGCGCAGCUGAGAUGGGUCCUUCAACCUCCUACCAUCCUACUCCGCGCCCACAUGCUCCGCGCCCACAUGCUCCGCGCCCACAUGCUCCGCGCCCACAUGCUCCGCGCCCACAUGCUCCGCGCCCACAUGUCCGCGCCCACAUGCUCCGCGCCCUCAUGCUCCGCGCCCACAUGCUCCGCGCCCACAUGUCCGCGCCCACAUGCUCCGCGCCCACAUGCUCCAGGCCCACAUGUUCAACACACACAGCUCCCUGGCCCUUACUCACUGCACACCCCACAUCACAGCCUUCCCUGUCUUCUACCCCUCCUCCCCUCCCCCCCGCCCCCACCCUCUUCCGCCCAACCCCCCUCUCCCAUCACACCCAUCCAUCGCCUCCCUGCCCGGCUGCAGGCUCCACGUGGCUCUUCAACGCCGUCCGCCUGCUGCUCGCCCACUCGGGCCAGCUGGCGCUCUCCUAUUGGCUGCACUCCAUCUCCGCCAGCAAGCUGCGCGCCAGGGGGCUCUCGCCACUCUGCAGCCACGGACCCGGGGGCGAGGGGAGGGGAGAGGAGGGGGGAGGGGGGUCCGCGGAAUUAGGGGGAAGAGGAGAUGGGGAGGGAGUGGGGAUGGAUGGAGAGGGGUGGGGAGGAGUGAACGUGGUGGUGAAGACACACAAGUGGGCGGAGGGGUGGGAGGUGGGCGAGUGGAGUGGGGUGGUGCUGCUGACUGAGAGGGACUCGCAUCAAGGCUUUUCUCCUCUCUUCUCUCAUUCUCCCUGCCCACCUCCCUCGACAACAACCUACCUUCCCCUCUGCACGCUUGCAUGCAGGCGAAUCAAGGCCCAUUUGCAAUGCGACCUGCAUGACCACCAUGGGCACAUUGAGCGUUCCUUUCUUUCCUCUCUUUGUCAGCACUGCCCACCUCGCUCCACUCUACCAACCCUGCUUCCUCCACAUGCAUGCAGGCGCAUCAAGGCCCACCUGCAGGCCUACCUGCGCGACCACUAUCGCUGGAAGCAGCACACUGCGGCCGUCAUCCCCUUGGCCUCCAUCGUGCCGCCCGGCAGCCCCUCGGAGCUGCUCUGCCUCUCCCGCCUCGCUGCGCUCCUGGGGCUCAUCACCGUGGAAGGGGCAGCACAAGGGGCAGCACAAGGGGCAGCACAAGGGGCAGCACAAGGGGCAGCGCAAGGGGCAGCACAAGGGGCAGCACAAGGGGCAGCACAAGGGGCAGCGCAAGGGGCAGCACAAGGAGCAGCACAAGGGGCAGCACAAGGGGCAGCACAAGGGGCAGCACAAGGGGCAGCGCAAGGGGCAGCACAAGGAGCAGCACAAGGGGCAGCACAAGGGGCAGCGCAAGGGGCAGCACAAGGGGCAGCACAAGGGGGAGCACAAGGGGCAGCACAAGGGGCAGCACAAGGGGCAGCACAAGGGGCAGCACAAGGGGCAGCGGCUGAAGGGGUAGCGGAAGUUCCUGGGCUUGAGGCGAGUCCGAGCGUGUGGUGGGAGGGAGGGCUGGUGGGAGGGCAGUGGACGUGCGGGCCGUUUCGAGAGCCCUUGCCCAGCUGCCGGUUCCCACAGCCCCACUUCUACGUCUCAUUUUGCUUCUCAGACCCUCUCUAUGCCCUCCCAUGUCCUCCUACUUCUCCCCCCCUCCUUGGCCACCCUCCUCCCUCUCACCUGCCACCAAUGCUCCCUCCAGGCUGGGCGCCUGACCCGGUGACCAAGCUGUGGCUGCGCCACAAGAACAAGGGGGGAUCAGCCAGGGGCCUCACAGUAGAGGAGCGGGCGGAGCUGCAGUGGUUUGUGGCUUCCUUGGUGCCGCUUGCCAGUGCAUGCAAGGAAUAG